CAGCAGUUUCGGCAAUGCAAAGGACUUGUCUGAUAUAAUGACUGGCAGCUUCAGGGUGCAACUCAUCAACAUGGGCACUCGCGCUGCCGCCUUUCAGGCAAAACUGAGAGCCCUUCAUGAAUACCAUGUACGCCUCUUGCACAACGUCUUACCUGCGCCCUCUGGCGUCGAUAUUGCUAACAAUAUCAAAUACUUUUCUCAAACUCUACUAACUGUCCUUAAAGAUGUGCGCACCUCUCCGCAUGAGCUUAUCUGCGAUCCUCUCGAAGAUCCCACACGCAUGUCCGCCUACCCAAAUCUCGAAUAUGGCAAUCUCUAUAAUGCCCUAACCAUGCUCAUUGAUGUGGCACCCUGUAUACAGUAUGGCCAAAUCGUUUUCGGCAAAGCUUUGCUACAGUGUCUAAGCUGCAUAUUACCCUUUCUCGAUAAGGAUCUUAUUGAUAAUCUACCCUAUCUAGUUAGCUCUACUAUAUCAGUACUACCGCCAGCCUUGCAUCAGGAUAUUGUCAAUGCACUGUGCUACUAUAUCUUACCCUUUACCAUAACACGUCGCAGCGCCGAUGAGCAGGAAUGCCAAGCCUGCCAGUCUGUCUCCUCUGUCAUCAUGAUGGUAUUGCAAUACUCGAAAAAUCCAGCACAUCACUGUCAACUACUGGAGUGCCUGAUGACUCUGAAGCAUAAUGUGGUCAAGGACAUACUCUGCGUGGUGGCCUAUGGCACUGCUGUUUCACGUUCCUCCGCUGCCAAGCUGCUCUUCUACUACUGGCCUGCAUUUGAUCCCAAUCUUUUCGAUCGCAAGGUUCUGCUCUCUAAACUUACCAAUGACUUGCUACCAUUCACCUGUCAACGCGAUCAAUGCCCCAAUGCUGGCAAUGCCGAGGCCGCCAAGGUAUGCUACGAUCAUAGCAUUUGCAUCACCUAUGCACAGGACUGUCCGCCGCCAUUGUAUCUGUGCAUCGAGUGCGCCAACGAGAUACAUCGGGAGCACGCGAACCUGGAGUUUGGCGAUAUACUGCAUCCCAUGCAACAGGUGUCCAUGGUGUGCGAGAAUAAAAACUGUCGUUCCAACGAGAAGUCCGCCUUCUCCAUAUGCUUCUCGACCGAAUGCGCCGCCUUCAACGGCAAUCAUCCCAUUCGCUAUUGCGCCCAGUGCCACAGCAAUCGUCAUAACUCCCGUCGCGGUGGGGAUCAUGUGGUGCAUCGCAGCCUGCAGCCAGCCUGGCAGAUGGACCCGGAGAUGCAAAUGCAUAUGGUCGAGUCGGUUGUCAGUCUACUGCGAGAGGCCAAGCCUCUGAACUUUGAGCCUGGCAAGGAGUCCCCAGCGGAGACGAAGAAAAACGGCGCUGCCCUCACACCGGACAACAUUUCUCUCGAGGAGCGUCAGAUGCUGGGCCGCUAUGGCAUUUGGUUGCUGGUAGGACGCUGCACUCCCACCGUCGAUACACCAGUCGAGGUGCUGGGGCGCAUCCUAAGCAUGCUCUUUCACUGGUUCCAUGUCACGGCCUAUUCCUACGAUGCUGCUGGACAGAUUGAGAGCACCAUAGAGAAGCUGAAAAUGGAUCACGUCUGCGACUGGCUAAAGGAGAUUUGUCGCAUACACUACAACGUGUUCAUCUCCUGUCUGCUGCCGCAUCCGCCAGAGUACGCUCGGGUGGGUGGUCACUGGGAAACGCUCGCCUCACGCACCAGCCACCUGAAGGAGGGUCUGCAGCGGCUGAUCUGCCUGGUGCCCUACGAAGUGAUCACCUCGGAGAUAUGGGACUAUGUGAUGCCGCACUGGAUGGAGGCAAUUACCAAUGAUGUGGCCGAAAAGGAGCUAAACGAGCUUAAAAUUGUGCUCAGCAAAAUACUCGAUCCGGAAAUGUCACCGCUCGGCUUCGAUGCCAAGACCAUGUACAACUUUGUGGCCAUACGAUUCGAGAAGACAACGGCCAAGGUGCAGCAGCAGGCGCUCCACUGGCUGCAGAUUCUCACAAAGCUGGAAAUACUCAUACCGCUCGUACAGCUCUUUGCCAUGUUCGGCGACGGGGUGCGCAUCAUGAAAUACGGCAUACAGCACGAGCUAAUGCGGGAGAAGGAGAAGGAAAAGGAGCCGCAGACUCAACAACAGACAAAAGCGCCCAAGACACCGUGCAAGGAGAGCAAGGCCGAAAUGGCCAAUCCACCCAGGCGCAGCUCCAUUUCGCCCGUUGUGGAGGAUGACUCUGGCAAUACAUCGGCAAUAUCGGACGAUGAGGCGCCCACCAACCGGCACACGGAGUUUUCCACAGAUGCCGAGCACAAUCUAACCUGCUGCAUACUCAUGCUGGACAUUCUGCUCAAGCAAAUGGAGCUGCAGGACGUGGAGCAGCACAUGGGCAUACACACCAGCGUGUGCGAAAAUGUCUCUCGCCUCAUCAAGUGCAUGGUAACUGCGGCCCGGGUGGGUCUAAGUAGUCACGUCUGUGCAUUAAAGGUGGCGGAGUGUGCCUACUGCGAGGCCUCCACUAUGUGGCAUCAGCUGUCGACCAAGCUGGUUGAGUUUAUGGCCCCACUGCAUCCUGUUAGACCACCCGAUGUGCCAAUUGAGGAUAUCAUUGAAGAGGAAAAGUCGUCACGCAAAUCGCCGCCGGAAUCCGACAAAGAGAAAUCUCGGGAUCGUGAUGUUUCGCUCUCCAUGGCACCGUUGCCCAUUCCGCUGGGUCCACUCGGAGGCUUUGCAGAUAUCUUUAAGCUAGAUCAAUUCUUUUCAGACGAUGGAAAAAUUAUUAUAAUGGCAGGUCCCAUGCCCGUGGCCGUGCCCCAACCAGAGCCGCACUCGGUGGGCGGCGUGCUCGUCCAUAUGCCCCACGUUUGUUCCAAUAACGAAAAUGGGCAUUCAGUUGAUAUUAAUGAAUUGAGAAAAGUUCACGCCACAGACGAGAUCAUGACGGCCACCGUAGAAACAGUUUCAGAGCAACUGGACUUGGCUUCCUUCCUGCCCACUGACAGGGCUAUAGCACGAUCCAUAACACUGUCCGAUGCGGAUGUGGGCAGCGCCAAUGUCAGCGUCACCAAGGCAUCCGUUAUGGGUGAGAAUGGUGCCAAUGGCAGCACAGCCGGCGGCGGCGAGAAUGGCAGCGGCUCCGAGGACGACGAGGAGGAAGAGGACAGUGAUGAUUUCUGGCACACAUCGGUGGGCAAGUUUAAGUUUACGCUGGAUCAGCUACCCCAACCGUUGCAGUACAUACACCAGUUGCUCACGGAAAUACCCACCAUUAAGAAACCGGAGAUUCUUUAUUAUGUGUUGCAAUGCCUGAAGACGAUGGCGCUGCACGGCGAUGCCUUGGCCAAGGCCGCCAAGGAGCAGCGCGGCUUCUUCAUAUGGUGCCAGGAGAAUUUGUUAAUCAAAAACCUGUGGGAGCUGUGCAACGCGGAGCACUCACACAUCUGUCAGGUGGGCGUGCCGCUGCUGCUGCACUGCAUCACAUUGCCGCUGGGCUCGGACGUUUUCUGGCGCGUGGUGCAGGAGGCCUUCCACGAUGCCGAUUGGCGUGUCCGCUUCACAGCAGUGGAACGAGUAACCGUAAUUACACGUUUUAUGGAUUCGACACCGCUGCGCUCCGAGGUGGGCCUCCAAACGGCAAUGGCCACCGCCUUCUGUCAUCUAAUCGCCAGCAUGGAUGACAUCAAUGUAUAUGUGGCGCAGCGGGCGACUCUCUACAUCGGAACCAUACAUGAUACGGCAAUACGGUCACUGCUCUUCUGCUUGGAGUCGCAAUUCGAUCUGUUUAUUGUCGACCGACCCGUGGUUCUGCAGUCGGUAUAUCAGCUGCACAAUUCCCUAUCCGAUCGCAAGUUGCUCGGCUGGGACUUCUUUCUCAAUCGCUUCGAUACGCUCUUCGUGGAGGCGCAAAUCAAUCUGGAAAAGUGCGGAGACAUUUCCUAUCUGCGAGACUUGCGCAACUCUGACAACGGCAGCGAGGCGCUCUCUGCCAAAAUACUGAAAGCCAGAGAGGCACUGAGCCAGUCGGACACCAGCGGCAGCAUGGCCAAGACCCUAAGCGCCUCCUUCGGCACCAAGUGGCCCUACAAAAGAACAAUGUCUGCUCCAGCCAGCAUGGCACCCCGCCAGGACUCCAAAUUCGUACCUGAAAAGGAGAAAAUCUACAGUCGGCAGGUGUCGGCACCCAUACUCAAGCGGAAGACUUCGCGCUUCGGAUUGGAUGGACAUAUCCACUCGCUGGGCGGACUCAACGAUGAGAAUCUUAUUGGCUUGCUUAGCCGCAUUACGGAGCUGGAGGAAUCGGAUCGAGAGACAAUUCAUUUGCUCGUAUUUAUGCUGAUGCAGUUCAUGUCGCGCACGGAUCAAGCCUUUCCAACGGAGGACAAGCCCAUGACGAGAACACAAAAUAUUGUUUUGAAACAUUUGUUCUUACUUUUGGGACACAAUCAGAUAGACAAGACCUUCCAUACCACGCCCGAGUCGUUGCGGGUUUCAGCCGUGUUCAAUGCAUUUUUGGCCAAUUUAGCGCAAGUCCUGGAUCAAAAUCAUUUGAUUGGAGGUCUUAUAUUGCCGUCUGUCAUGCAAAUCAUUCUGUAUGCACCGAAUCCGACAAACACUCCGGGCGAAUCGUAUCAGAAUAUUGUCUUCAACUAUUCCCUGUGGCAUCUGGAGCAGUAUCCGCGCCGCAAUUGGCUUUUCACGCUGCUGGUCGUCCUCUAUAAGUACUCGUAUACACAGCCACCGCUCAGUGGAUAUGUGAUCUCCGCCAUUCGCAUGAUUAUGAACAGCCUGCGUGGCCACUUCCAUCAGUGCCGGCGCAUUCCCACCACCACCAUACUGGAUAUACAGACUAGCGUUGGCGGAACAGCACGAUCGCGUGACGUUAGCCAGCCCUCGUUGGGCACAGAUCCCGAUGACAAGGAGGCCAGCCCACCGGCCAGCCCCAUGUUCCCAUCCGAAGGCACCAGCGCUGCCUCCAAGAGCAAAGCUCAAAAUGUUGCCUUUACACCCAAACUGCAGCAUGCUUUUCGCAAGUACAACGACUCCAGCUUGGAUGCGGAUGAAACCGAAUCCGAACUGGUGGCCAUACCCGAAAGUGAUCUCUCCGAUAGCACACUACAUGGCAGCAGUGCGCCGGGCUCCUUCGAUGACACAGUCCACUUUGAAGAUGUCAUGCCGUCGAAAACAGAAUCACUGCGGAAUCGUCGCGCCAUGGACUACUCCGAGGAAAAAUCGACCAAAUCGCUGAAAUCGAUGAUCACCACGAAAACUGGGGACACCUACUCCACAAAAAUCAAGCCUAGCAGAGAAUCCGUCAGCACCACCGUGGUGACGACCCAUACGCGUCACAGCCUGCAGGAGGGCGUGCGCAUGAUUGUGACUCCUCUGGUGGGCUCGGAAACGACGGAGACAGCGAUUGUUAGCCCGCCCGUGGAUGUGCAUCGUGCGGUUACCGUGCGCAACAAGUCGCUGGAGAACGCAGCUGCCUCCACAUCCAAAAUGUUUGCGGCCAUAGCGACCAAUCAUCUCAAGGCGCUGGGCGCUCUACAGGACGUGCCCACAUCCAGCGGCAGUAAGCCCAGCUCCAGUAAUGGCAACGGCAGUCGCUCCACAAAUGGUAGCAGUGGCGCUCCAGCGCCCGCUCCAUCAGUCGCUGCCAAGCCCAUUGGACGCCAUAAGACCAUUGUGGAGUGCAGCGCCGGCACGUCCAGUUCCUCGGCGGAGGAUUCGCGACAAAAGAAGUCGCAGACUAGGUCGCUGAGGCACAGCGACAAGGCGUAUGGCUCGCCAGAUUCGCCGCUUUCCAAGAUGAACGUGAUGCCGAAUCCCCGUGACGAGCUGGACGCAGGUCUAUUGCCUCCUUCCAAGAGCAUUGCCGCUCUCGAGAUACCAACACCUGAGCGGCUCCUGCCUAUUGGCACACAUGACACGGUUGCCACCUUGGUGGAGCGCAUGCGGGACGGUCUCAAUCUGCCGGACAUCAGUCAUCUAAAGCAGGACAGCUUAGAUGUGUCGGAGAGCACCAAGGACGAUGUCACGCCCAGCAGUCGCAACAACUCGCCGCGGCGCCUCAUUAAGCAGGUGGCGCUCGAGUCACCACCCAACCCGAAUGCACCGAUUGCUACUCCUUCUACUACACAGUCCCAACCACAGCCGCCAUUGCAGUCGCAUCCUCCGCAGGACCUUCACACAUCCAUUUUAAAGAAUGUCACACAGGAUCUAAAGCAACAGCCUAGUGAGCGACAGCCGAACCUGCCUGGCACAUCGGCCACUUCCCAUAGCAUCAAGCGUCCCAGGCAGAAGCUGGCGCCCUUCAACGUGGACACCAAUGCCAUACCAGAUAUACGCUCGCGCUUCGCCGGCUCCUGGCCGCCACCGCCAUUUCAGCCAGCCGAGGAACCCGGUGAAGAAGGCGAACAUACACCCGAAAUCGCAAAUGGACACACGACACACACCUCAGCUCAUGCGGAGCGUGGGAGCUCUCGACGCGUCGGCAACUAUACCAUUGUGGAACGCUGCUCUGAUUGCGGCGCAGUUAUCGAGGAGUACACGGAUGAGGAGAUUGGCAUAUUCAUUGUAAUCCUGGGCACCUUUAUUCACCGCGAGCCGGCAAUGGCAGCGCCAUUUCUGCCUGAGGUGCUGACCAUGACAUCGCGGAUUUGUCUGAGUGGCACGCAUGCCUGGCAGGGCGAGAACGGGCUGCCCUUGGCGAGCAGUGCCCAGGCCGUGGCACUGCAGUUCAUACGCUGUGUUCUGCAUCAGCUGGCCCCCAAUGGAAUCUUUCUGCAGGUGUUCCAGACCCAAAUGAAAAUUAAAAUACGGCACAACCAUUUCCGCAGCAUUGCCAAGGCGCUGCAAGACUUCCAGGAUUUGAACGCAACCAGUCCCAUUUAUAUGGUCUGCGAGUCGCUGACCUCAAAGAAGGCGCUGCCCAUCGAUCAGCUGCCCAUCAUCUUCCGGAACAUGGCCGAGUAUCUGCAGUGUUUGCCCGCCGAGGCGGGUGUGGGCCUGGCCGUCUGGUCACAGGCCAUGCAGGCCAUGGAAUCAUUGCUGCGUCAGGUCAUUGUCAUCAUGCCCAGCAUAAGCAAUUGCGAGUAUAUGCUGGAGCUCAUUGUGGCCACUUUACGCUUGAAUUGCGUGCCCAAGACGCUUUUGGAUCCGUACUCCAAGAUAAUGGCCCACUGUGUGCAGUACACCAACUUGGAAUACCAGACGCUCUACGAUCUGUGCACGCUCAACACACGCUCCUUCAACAAGGACCGCGACAAGAACUUACUUUGCCGACAAAUGAUCUUUGAGUUUGUCCAGGCGCUCAAGUUCAAGUCGAAUAUACCCGAUCAUAAUCUGCUUAUGAUCAUUGGAUUUGUGCUGCUAGAUGCGGGCGGCAGUUUACCACCAGGUGCAUUGCCUGGAUUGCCAGAAGCAGCGCCCGUGCUGACCACAAAUGCUGCUGACUGUUUUAGGCAGUACAUUAACGAUGUCAUUGAUUUUCUGGCCGAUUUCCACACGCUCAGCAAGAUCAAGAACUUCAAGAACGGCCAGUCAAGCAGUGGCCUAGGUGAGGACACCUUGGGUGGCGUCCUUAAAGGCGCUGUGGCCCAAUAUCUGGCACUCGAGAUGUCCCGUGGCAGCUCCCGCGAUCACAAGGCAGUCUCGCGCUAUCUACCCUGGCUAAACAAUGCUCCGUCGUCGUUGCAGCAGGGUCCCAAAGAAUUCACGGAAUGUGUGGGUCAUAUGCGUCUGCUCUCGUGGCUGCUGCUGGGCUCACUUACCCAUAUGGCGUUGGUGCAGCGACGCCAAGAGACGCAUACGCUGCCACCAGUGCUGCCUCCAAAUAUAGCGCCCGGACAGGGUCUACCUCCGAUGGCUAGUGUGCAUUACCAGCAUCAAGGAGUCACGUACUCACAGCCUGUGCCGCAGGAGGCAUCCUGUCACAUAGCUGAUCACAUACAGGUGAUUUUUGCGGGCUUUGCCGAGCAGUCAAAGACUUCGGUGUUGCACAUGUCGUCGCUUUUUCACGCAUUCACGCUUUGCCAACUGUGGACCGUCUACUUGGAGCAGAUGGCGCAUAACACCAACAGCAAUGCUGAAGGCAGCACAUUGGGCGUGCUCUUUGAAUUUUGGACCAAGGUAACACCAAGCAUACUGCAACUGGUUUCGCAUGCCAAGCCUGCCAACAAGGAGCCGCAUGCACAGGCUGGCAUCGACUUUCAAGCUCAGAAUGCCAACUCAAAGCUAUCGGAAAUGGUCAACUUACACUUCCUUAGCCUACUGGAAGCACUGAAGGAAACCAACUCCACGGUGCUGGGCAAAUUGCUGCCCAUGUGGAGCACUGUGCUCUCUUCGCAGACACAGCUAUCGGACACGCUUCAUGUGCGACUGCAAAAUGUUCGCGACUAUGCGCCAAACUUUGAAGAACAGCAGACGCAUAAAUCGGAAUCGCUGCUCAAGUGGUUACAGCGUUUGCAAUUUAAAAUGGGCCAAAUAGAGCUACAAGCCUCAACGGCUACACAGUUUUACUCGAUUUAAAUUUUAAGCUAUCUAA